GUUAUCUGAACGGAAAAGUCUUUCACUACACUUGGACAACAGUAACUUCGCCAGGCUUAACAUUUUUUACUGGACGAGAAAACAUGCUGGCAAUAAUGCAGAUACAGGUCUAUAUCAGUGUCACUGUCUUGAUCCUGAUGCAAAAAUCCGCCUCAGAGGCUGUGAGUCUCCCGUCUCCUGCUAACGUGUCUAUUCAGUGUGACAGCUAUGGAGCUGAAGUUCGAUGGAAAUAUCCUGAUCUCAGUCAAGACAUACAAUUCCAGGUGGAGGUGAACGAUGAACUCAAAAAGAACUCUAAUAUUACACAAAAGCGUACAAAUCUGCAUUUAAACAUAUCCAGUAUGAUGUUCAAUGCACAGUUCAACCGCUACUAUGUCACUGUGAUGGCCGUGCGAGGAGGAGAGAAGUCAAAGCCGACCACAUCAAAGAUCUUCAGCUAUAAUGAAAAUUCUGCCAACGAAAUUAAGUGUUAUUUGGAUUUUCCAGAGGUUGAACUUUCUCCCAAAGAUGGCAAACUUCACGUCCAGUUCGCCAACCCUCUUCAGCUGUACAGAAACUCGCCGGCUCUGCGCAACCUCAACGAUAAUCUGAAAUACUGCAUUGAAACAGAGGAGGAGGAGAAUGAAACCUGUGGAAGGUGUGACAUAACGCAAAAAAUAUGUGAGAAGUCCAUUGUGUUUUCUGGGCACAGAGGUGAAUACUGCAUCAGUCUGACUGGAACAGCUGGACAGAGGAAAUUCAAUGAAAAAAGCAGCUGUUUCACAGGAGACAUAAGAAGCUAUCCAUCAAUCACAGUGUAUUUGUAUCCAGUGCUGGGUGUCGUUUUAACGCUGCUGUUCAUAACCGCCAUCAUUAUGCUGCUAGUGACAAAGGACAAGGCAACAAUUAAGAAGCAAGUUUCCGAUAUGAUGGAAGCUAUGGGUUUUUGGAAAUUGGUUUGGCCGAAUAUCAAUCCACCGCCCCUGUUGCCUCCAGACCGGGAAAAAAUGGACAGCAAUGUGUAUAUGGAGCCAAUGAUUUCCCCUGAAGAACAAAAGGUCUAUGAGAUAACCGACAAUGCAACGGCGUACUCUGAUACCAAGGAUAUAGGAAGCGGAAACUCAGAAUUUAAAAACUACGGGGCUAAUGACCUUGUUGAUGAUGAGCCGUACAACCUGUCAGAGGGUUACGACUGUCCACAUGCUCCCAGACAGGAGAUGAGUUCUGGAGAUAUGGUAGGCUAUGGACCUAAACUGCUUUUUAGAGCUCUAGAAGGUUAAGGAAAGUACCAUAAAGACAGGAAAAGUCCUGAGACCUGUCGCCUGGAUGUGUUUUGGGAACACGAUGGGGGAUGGGACUGUUGUACAAAUACAAGCCCUCACAUGACAUCAUGAAAUGGAAUUCCCCCAGGUUUUCCGGUUCGUGGCACAGUGGAAGAACGUGUUUGGCAUUUGUCUUCAUCACGGCACUCCUUUUAUUUGAACCGAAACUCCUCAUACACUAGCUCAGGGGAUUAUUUUUAUUCUCCUUCUUAUCUGGUUCAUAACUACUUAUAUAUUACUAUAUACUGUAGUUUUAUCUUCUAUUCGGACAGCCUUAUCUUGUGGCCUUUGAACAAAGUUUUACAAUGUCUUUUACAACUGCUGCUCAGGUCAUGUAAGUCGGGUCUUUGGAUUUGCGUUUUUGCGCAUUUACUGGCAUUAUAAAACAAUUACUGUAUUUUAUGUGCUUCUGUUGGAAACCUCAACACCAAACACCAAACAGAUCUUUGCCUGGCUUUGUUAAGAAAUACUACUACAGCGCAAAAAAAUAAUUUUUUGUUACAUUUUUGGCCGUAGCUCAUACAAUUUUUGUCACAGACUCAAAAAUCGUUGCGAUUCUUGAGUCAAGACGAACAAAAGCAGAUUUUUCGUACGAAGUCCGGUUUUUCCGCAAAACGGCAUUUUAUCCAAAACCAACUUUUGCGAACUAGUCCUAGGUUUUUUGCCAGAUUGGAAUCAAACCAAUGCUGAAAUAUUGCCUUGACAAUGAAUAUCAAUAAUUAUAAAAAAAAGUUUACAUUUUGACUCACAGUCGCAUAGGAACGACAAAACGUUAUAUGCUAACGUUAGCCAAUUGCUACAUGUAGCUAUAACUCUUGAACGGAAUGAGAUAUCUUCAGCAAACUCGGUACACAUGUGUAUAAGCUUAAUCUUUGGUCAAAUAAAAAAAUUGCACAGCUCUGCCACUUGGUGCCGCUAUAAGAUAGAAAAAACAUAAAAAUGACUAUAACUAUGCAAUCGUACGAUCGACUUGAAAAUUGGUAUGCAGUCUCUUUGCCCGAAGUGUCACAAGUGUCUAUAAGGACAUUGGCGUAUCUCAAAAAACAUGGUCGCCAUUAGCCAAUGAAGUU